AUGGGGGGUUUUCCAGCCCUGCUGCUCUUGCUGGCACUACCAGGAUCACGCAUGGCAGGAGAGGACCUGCAAGUGUUUCUGCAAACAGAGGGAGAGUCCUUCAAAACUAACUGCUCAUCUGACACGCACAAGAGUUUACAUGAGAUGAAAUUCUGGUGCAAGGAGCUAUCAGAGAAAUCUUGUCCAGUCUUAGCCUCGAGUUCCCCUUUAACAGAAAGGAUGAACCUUAACCAUGCGCUGCGUCGUUCAGUCGACCAGACAGACAUUGGACGUGGCUGGAUUUCUGUGAUCAAGAGAGCACUUCGAAGAGACGAUUCUGGCAUAUGUUAUUGUGAGGUUUGUGUUGAUCUGCAGAAUAAUCUACUGCAAAGAAUACAGAUGAUGGUUUCAGCUGAGGGAAAAGGGAUGGACUUUGAGAGACCUCCUGCUAUCAGACAAGCAGCGCUGCAGGAUAUAAGAAACAAAGCAAGCAGAAUGCCAGAUGGGGAACUGAAGCACAAUGUAGUAUAUGCUGUGAUAAGGCACCAACCUCAACCAAAGUCUGAAGAUGUUAUAUACAUCAACAUACAGCCUUCCCCAAAAGUUUUCUUCCACCUUCAAGAACCACCAGGCAACUCAGUUUCCUCAGGGCCUGUGGAAUAUGCUACUGUUAUUUUUCGAGCCACAACUUCUCAUUCUGGAACCGAAAAAAAACAAACAGGUCCACCUAAACAAAGCAGCACGAAGCCUUGGACUUAUUCAUGA